UUGUCAGUAUUAUUACUAUUUAUUAUAAAUUUUAUUAGCGUAGCUUUUAUUUGUUUUUACUUAAAUCUAACAUGGCUGCUGCACAUAUAGACGACGUAUUGGAUUUAAUUGGCUUCGGUUGGAUGCAAUUACUGAUGUGUAUCGCCUGUACCUUGGCCAGCAUAUUCAUUGUCAAUGAAAUCGUUGGCAUCAAUGUGGUUUCCGUUGACAUAUCUUGCGAGUUCUCACUGUGCAGUCUCGAAAUGUCGCUGUUGUCCAGCGCUGGCUUUGCUGGCUUGAUUUUGGCAUCCCAUUAUGCGGGCUAUAAGACGGAUCAGAUCGGCAGGCGCAAAGUGAUGUUGUAUUCGUUAGGCAUGGCAGUGACAUCGUCGCUGAUUUCAUUAUUUAUGCCAAAUUUUUAUGUAUUCAUACUAUUGAGAUUCUUGACCGGCUUUUUUGUCUCCGGUGCCAGCAUCAAUAACAUUACGUAUAUCUCAGAGUUCACCAAAGUUAAAACACGCGCCUCGACUAUCAACCUCAUGUGCUACGCAUUCCCAAUCGCUGCUAUUUAUUUGCCAUUUGCCGCGUAUCUUCUGGCGCCGCUUGAUCGCAUAAUGUUUACCUUGUAUAAGUUGAAUUGGCGCGCUUGGCGUCUCAGUAUGUUUAUCAAUCUAAUACCGGGAAUUUUAUCUAUCAUCAUCUUGGUGUUUCUACCCGAGUCAGCGAAGUUUUUACUAUUCGUCGGGAAGGACAAACUGGCCUAUGAGACUGUCGAUCGGCUCUACAAAUUGAAGCGAAAGCGGGACUUGGCAAGCAUCGGCAUCACGGCCAUUAACGAUCCAGAUUCUCCUGUUAAGCUGAAAGAGAAGAGCAAUUGCUGCAUAGAAAUAUGGAGGGACACGGUGCCAUUGUUCAAGCGACCCUAUGUGGCCAAUUUUAUGAUCUGCUCCAUCAUACUGUGUGGCAUUUUGUUUGUGGGCACUGGCAUUUCGUUGUGGUUCAUGGAGCUACGUCAGCUAAUGGGCAACACGCAUAUGACCGUCUGCCAGAUGCUGCAGGAGAACAAGUCGGACAUCGGCAACACGAAACACGAUUGUCCCUCGAGAACGUCCAUUUUAAUCGACUGCAUCUUCUUGGGUGGCACUUUUCUCAGCUGUUGCAUUUUGCUGAGCCUGUUCCUGUUAUUCAUGCAACACUAUCAAAUACUAUUCCUGUUCACAACUAUCGCAACAGUUUGCGGUCUGUGCCUAAAUUUUCUGUCUAGCCAGGUGCCCAUCCUUGUCGCGACGGCGCUGUUCACCACGAUGUGCACCAGCUGCAUUCCGCUGAUAUCGUCGGUUUUACUUGAUCUAAUGCCUACCCAUAUAAGAGGCAUGGCCAUCAGCAUGGCCUUUCUGUUUGCGCGCUUGGCGGUUAUUUUGGCCAAUAUUUUACUGGGCUUUUGCAUGGUCUCUAGCUGCUUGCUAACAUUCAACAUUUUUGUGGCGGUUACACUGAUGGUGGUAAUAUUAACGUGCCUGCUGCCCAAGUAGUAUGCAAGCUCGCUCAAAAGCUCGCUGCACUGAAACGCUUUCGCCAUCUAUAUUUCAAUUUUUGUCUCGCCUUGUAGCUUUGGUCGAUAUUCAGUAUAAUGUAUA